AUGAUGAAUAUGUCUACGUCGGAGGCCCAAAGUGGCCGGGACACUCCUCAACCGGGUCCAUUUGGCUAUUCCUUCCUCUCUCCGAUGGAUACGCCGUACGAACCCGCUCCCGCGCCGCCGCCUGGCCCAACACUUCUUGAUGAUAAUGAAUCCAACAUGCUCGACAACUUCUUCAUGACGAUGAACUCGAACAAUUUCUCAAGCGACUUUUGGAUGCGUGGUCAACAAAGCAGCAGUAACAACCACAAGCCAUUAGAGUCCUACAAUUUCGAUUGGACAAACGAGCUUCCGCCGACUUUUGAAGGCUCGACAACUUCGCUUUCGCAACCGGCCUUUCCUCGUCGCGAUAUUGAGAAGCCCAAUGGGGCCCCAUUGUCAAAUAGUACAGAUACCAGCUCGGAUAUAUUUGCGGCUGCAUCUAUGCUUUAUGGGAAUGGACUACAGGGAACUGGGUUCAAUCCUAUUUUUGACCAGCAAAGGCAGUUCUCAAACCAGGGAAUGUCUGGCGCUGGCAGCAGCUCUGGUUUCAAUAUCCAGACCAACCAAAUGCAGCCUGGCCACCACGAGUCAUCUGAGCAAUCGAAGGACAAUCCGCGUUCGAGUUUGCCCACUGGCUUCCAUACGUCAGAAAUGCUAUUUGAUACACAUAAGCCGAUAUCAGCUGACCAACGAGCGUCAAAAGUCCGAACCCUUCACUGGGGAUCCGAUAUCAGCUUCAUGGACCGAGGUUAUUUGGCACCACCGGAUCAGCCCAAUGAGGAGGAACAGACUAAGGGUUUAUUGGAUAACCUCCAAUGCCUUGAGCCACAGAGUAGUGCAGCCAACACUCGAGCGCCCAGUCCAGAACGUACCGCUGGCGGUCUUGAAGCUGGGACGGGACCUAGUAGCAACAUGCAGCACUCACGAAGUGCGUAUCAAGAUGCGAUGGAUGAAGAUCCACAACCAAAGAAGAGACAGAAAACCCUUAUCAAAGCAGAGGACGAUAACUCGGAUGAAGAAAGCUCGAAGCCAAGAAGGAGGUCGAAGAGCAAUGGGUAUACCAAACCACGCCGCGGCUCGAAUGAUUCGUUCCGUAAAUCGAAAGCAGGAGCCAAGGCGGCCAGAGAAAAUCUUUCCGAAGAGCAAAAGCGGAAUAAUCAUAUUCUAUCAGAGCAGAAACGUCGGAACCUCAUUAGGCAAGGGUUCGAUGAUUUAUGCUCGCUUGUCCCCGGGCUAAGAGGCGGCGGCUUUAGCAAAAGUGCCAUGCUCACACAAGCUGCUGACUGGCUAGAGGAUAUGAUGCGUGGCAAUGAGAUCCUCAGAGGGCAGUUGGCGGAGUUAAAGAAUAUGAACGGGGGCUUCGCAAUGCCCCGGUGA